UAUCAUGUUCAAGCAUAUAGUGCAUAGCCUGGAGUCACGUUGCAAUUCGGCGUAAGAGUAUAUUUAGGGAGGGGGGGGGAGGGCAAUGGUGUAUCGAAAAAGGGAUAAAUGUUUUUUUUUUUCUGUCAUUCUCAUGAAAGAUAUCCAAAAUGCUAAUAUGUGUGUAAUCAUGUCAUGUGUAUCUGCAUCAAUCGUCCUCUCGUACCUUCAUUCAAGACUUCAUUGUUAUGAAAAAGACACCUUUCCUCCAGCUAACAAAUACAUCAUACCACGACGUCCAAUCCUAUAAUACAAAUACCACCACCAUCUGUUACGAAGAGAGCAAAAUGCCCAUGCAAAAAGUAAAGAGAUAGAA